CCUCCGCCGCCCCGCCGCCCCGACGCACCCCCGACGCACCUCCGCCCCGCCGCCUCCUCGACGCCCGCGUCCUCCUCCUGCAGGCUGUCAUUCUCUCCCAGGGUCGAGGCGCCGUGAGGGCAACCGGCUCUACCCCUUUUGAUUGACGGAACCGGCAGGACAUCUUCCUCAUCAUGGAAGCACACACUCCUGCACCAACCUCACCGACAAAGCUGCUGCCGCAAACUAUUGGGCUUAUCACUAGCCCGCUUGCGGCAUUUCUUUUGCUGGUCAUUAACAAAAUUUGGGACCCUAUAUUUGAUUUAUGUGGUUUCUUGUUUGACCCAAGCCGUCAUAUGGAUGACUAUGAGCACGCCGUGCAAAGGGUGGUGGCGAUGAAGUCAGAUUUCAUUCUUAGCGACCCAUCCUCAUCUUCUCAGCAGGCAGACAAAUGGCUGAAACGUGUGGACUUAUUACAUACGGAAAAGGAAAGGAUACGUGAGUGUUAUAACAAAGGUGGAUUUUUUAAAAGGUGGUACUAUGCCAGACAAGCACUCAAAGAGACUAAAAAGGCAGAUGACAUUGGAGGUCAAUUUAAAGAGAUACUUGUUGAGUUGAAACCAAGGCCGCGCCCUGUCUCUGGAUGGUUAUCGGACGACCCGUUGCUGAUCAUGAAGCCGUAUGCAGAAAAGAUAAUUGCCUUCAUCAAAAAUACAGAUGCAGAUUCUAAACUGUUGGGAAUAUGGGGAAUGCCCGGUGUUGGAAAAUCCAUGCUCUUAAGACAGAUUUCCAUGAGCCGCUCGCAGUAUGCAGGUGAUGAUAGCUCUUUUCAGGUUCUAUACAUUGAUGCUGGUUUGGACUGCACUAUAUCUAAAAUUCAAAAAUCACUUUUGGGCCUCAUGGGAUUGGCUUCAACGCCAGAUAUCACUGAGGGAGCACAAGCAUUUACUAUCGCUAACUACUUAUGUGGAAAGAGUUUCUUGCUUCUGAUAGAUGGUGUUCGAGAGCCUUUCAGUCUUGCAAGAAUUGGCAUCCCUGAUGAAGAAGUGGCCCCUGAUUCAGCAGUGGCCCCUGAUUCAGCAGUGGCCCCUGAUUCAGCAGUGGCCCCUCAUGUGCGCCGCAAAGUUAUCUUCACAGCACACACGCAUUUUAUAUGUGCUUCAAUGGGCAGUGACAGUAUCAUCCAGAUGAUGUGUCCAAGCGAGAAUGAUGCUCUGAAGAUUUUCAGUCGUGCGGUGGGUACCGAGGUUUUGGAGGAUGCAAGGGUCUCCGCGCUUGCUUCUGUGAUAAUAAAAGAGUGUGGCCGGCUGCCGGAGGCAUUAUGGAGUGUUGGACUAUCAAUGUCCAUCAAAGAGGAUCCUGAAGAGUGGGAGCUAGCUCUAAAGCUGCUGAGACAGGCAAAAUUACAUCUGGUUACUCAUAAAAAAGAUGACUUGUUAGACAGGCUACGGUGCAGUUACGACGACCUGGAAGAUAACAUCAAAGAGUGUCUCCUCCUCAUUUGUUCCUUGUGGAGUGAUGAUACGAACAUAUCCAUUGAUAGCAUCAUCUUAUGGUGGAGAGGCAUGGGUUUGCUGGAUGACUUCAAUGCUCAUAGAGAAGGUUUUGCCUACAUAAAGAUGUUGCAGCAACAUUGCUUGUUGGAAAAAGGGCAGAACACUCUAACUACAAGUGAAGAUACUCAUGUGAGAAUGAAUCCGAUGAUUCGUAAGGCAAUCAUAAAGACUUUGAAUGGGAGGGAAGCAAACUGGUAUCCAGAUUCGUCUUGGAGAACAUCAUUAACCGAGAAAACGUGGCCUGCAGCUCAGCGCGUUUGGGCCUCACCAAAAGACCUCGAGAUGUUAAAGAAAAAAUCUUACCUGGAUCCGAGGAACGAGAAGCUGCUUCAGUCUAACUUGCAGGUGUUGGUUAGUCGAUUUGCUAUAAAAUUCGAUCAUUGCAGAUUUGAUGAACUUGUAUUUCUCGACCUUGAGGGGGCUAACAUUCCCAAUUUACCUCAACGGGUAUUCUCGAUGAAAAAUCUGGAAUACCUCAAUGUGGCAUCUACUGGAAUAAGCUCAGUGCCUGUGAAUUUGAGAGAUCUUUCAAGACUAAAGUAUUUGACUCUACGAAGGAAUCCUAGUCUUGAAAAUAUACCGACAGGGGUGAUUGUCAGAAUGAAAGAACUGAAAUUGUUAGACCUGUUUGACACGGGGUGCUUUCUUAGCACAGCACUAAUAAAUGAGGUGAAAGAGGCAGAAAUUGACAACUUUCUCGCUGGAUUUACAGUGGGAAAUGAAAAUGUACUGAGUGAACUGAGAGAACUCCCCCAGGUCUACCCACUAUACAUGUGUUUGUCUGGAUUUCAAGUGAAAAAGGUCGACCUCCUUCAUAUGCUUGCGGACUUUGAUAGACUGUAUGAACUGCAGAUCAAGAGCUCUAACAAGGUGCGAAGCAUAGUCUACACCGAUCUUGUGGUUCAAAACACGCCAAAGAUUUUCGCAUGCCUUCGGAAAUUUGAAAUAAACAACCUGCAAAACCUUGAAACAGUUGACUUGCAACCCGAAGGGCUUAGCAUCAAGUCGGUGACAGUUUGUGGCUGUAGCAAAUUAACAGACCUAACGUGGAUUAUAAGCCUGGUAAAUUUAGAAGAGCUUAUUGUCAAGGAUUGCUGUAGCAUAAGGACAUUAGUUUCUUCUAGAGAGACACAAGAAGUGGGUCUUCCAAAAUUGAAAAAGGUUGAGUUGCAUGAUCUGCCUGAAUUCCGUACCUUGUCAGAGGCAUCGCUAAGCCUUGAAAGCAUAACACACUAUUGUGUUUUUCAAUGCUGCAAACUAUCCGGUUUGCCUAAGCUGGACCCUGAGGAGAGAGUGUUAUUAGACUGCGAUGAAGACUUUUGGAAUAUAAUAUUGCAAGCUGGUAUGGCGACGCAGUACCCCCAAAGAGCACGGCAUUAGGAUUUGUUGUAGCUUCCUGAUCUAUGGUCGAAAGUUUGAGGAUGCCAAUGGAAGGAGGUUAAUUUGAAGAGCAGCUUUUCUUUUGUUGCAGUCAAUGUGUUCCAGAAGGAUGGCAGAAAGAUUUUGUUUCUAUGCAAUCGACAGUGAAGGAAUUUUACAAAACAUUCAAUGCUUGCUUGUAUUGUUUGAUGAUCUCGACAUGCUGAAGACUGUUUAGUGUGAUAUAUGAUGCAUGUGUCUCUUGUUUGCUUGUAAUAGAUGACAAAUCAUAGUUAUGGUGAAAUCAUGCUGGUGGAUUUGCUCUUGACCUGGAGAUUGGAUGUUUAUGUUUGGAAAUAUAUUCUCUUGUUUGGAAUAUUGCCUUU